UGACAGCUUCACGCCUGAAGAGACAUCAGCUGAUGGACCCUGUGGAGAACCUGGAAGACAGGAUGUGUCUGAAGCACGAUAAACCUCUGGAGCUGUUCUGUAGGACCGACCAGACGUGUGUCUGCAUGCUCUGCACUGUGUUGGACCACAAGAUGCACAAUGUUGUUCCUCUGAAACAAGAAUGUGAAGGAAAGAAGGUGGAGCUGCAGAAGACAGAGGCUGAAACUCAGGAGAUGAUCCAGAAGAGACGCCUGAAGAUUCAGGAGGUCCAACACAACGUGAAGCUCAGUGAGGAAGAUGCAGACCGAGAGAAAGCAGAAGGUGUUCAGGUCUUCACUGGUCUGAAGGAGUCUGUGGAGAGGAAACUGAACGAGCUCAUCACUACGAUAGAAGAGAAGCAGAGAAGCACCAAGAAACAGGCUGAAGACGCCAUCAGAGAGAUGGAACAGGAGAUCUCUGAUCUGAUGAAGAGGAGCACUGAGGUGGAGAAGCUCUCCCUCUCUGAAGACCACCUCCACCUCCUCCAGAGUGUCCAGUCCCUCAACAUCCACCAUCCACCACCCACCAAGGACUGGUCUCAGGUCAGUGUUCCUCCAGCAUCACAUGAGGGGACUGUGAGGAGAGCUGUGUCUCAGCUGGAGGAGACGCUCAGGAACAUGAUGAAGACGCUGGUUGAAGUUGAGAUGAAGAGGGUCCAGAAGUUUGCAGUGGACGUGACUCUUGAUCCUGAAACAGCAAAUCAUGACCUCAUCCUGUCUGAUGACGGGAAACAAGUGAAACCUGCUCAGGUAGAGCAGCAACGUCUCCCCUACAAUCCACAGAGGUUUUCUUUUUGUCCCUGUGUUUUAGGAACACAGAGUUUCUCUUCAGAAAAACUUUAUUACGAGGUUCAAGUUAAACAAAAGACUGAAUGGGAUGUAGGAGUGACCAGAGAGUCGGCCAACAGGAAGGGACCCAUCACACUGAGUCCUCAGAACGGUUACUGGACUAUAUAUUUGAGAAAUGGAAACGAGUACGGAGCUGCUGGUCCUUCAGUUCUUCUCUCCCUGAGGUCUGUCCCUCAGAAGGUGGGGGUGUUUGUGGACUAUGAGGAGGGUCUGGUCUCCUUCUAUGACGUAGAAGCUGCAGCUCUCAUCUACUCCUUUACUGGCUGCUCCUUCAAGGAGAAACUCCUCCCAUACUUCCAUACUGGUCAUUAUCUUGGUGGUAAAAACUCUGCUCCUCUGAUCAUCUCUCCUGUUGGAGUAAACUAAUCACUUCUCUCACGUCCUUCAAGGGAAAAUAUUUAAACUCAACCCUGUGUGGUC